CCAGGCUCCUUCCACGCUAAAACUGCCACCACCCUUUCUUUUCUCCCUAGCUUUCCUCCUCUUUCACGCGGCCUCAAGAAGCGUGGCCAUUCCCAGCUUUCCCCUUCUUUCAUCUCACUUCAACAGUCCCUCUGUUUCUCUCUUGACAUAGGGAGAACUAAGCCCUCUGCUUCUAUAGUCCCUUCCGUUACCUCCAUCUCUUUUGCAGGGGAGGGCCUGAGAUGGACGUGCGCGACCAGGAGACGCGAGCCGAGUCCGGCCCUCGUUCCCUUCUCGGGCAGAUCCCCCGCCCCGUUACUCUCAGGUUUGAGAACGUGGUAUACAAGAUCAAGACCCAGACAGAGAAGCGAUGUUUUGGUCUACUUGGCUCGGAGAAGGCGACAGACAGGACCAUCCUCAAGGGCGUCUCCGGCGCGGUUAAGCCCGGCGAGAUCCUCGCUAUGUUAGGUCCGUCGGGCAGCGGCAAGACGACCCUUUUGACUGCGUUGGGAGGUAGGCUCGGAGGGAGGCUCGCCGGCAGCGUCACCUACAACGGCAUACCAUUCUGCAACUCGGUCAAGAGGAACAUGGGCUUCGUGACGCAGGACGACGUGCUGCACCCCCAUCUGACUGUGACUGAGACCCUCGUCUUCACCGCGCAGCUACGCCUACCCAACAUUAUGACAGCACAGGAGAAGGCGAGCCAGGCCGAAGCUGUAAUAGCGGAGCUCGGCCUCGCCGGCUGCCGGAACAGCGUCAUAGGGGGAAACUUCCUCAGGGGAGUGUCUGGUGGGGAGCGGAAGAGGGUUAGUGUGGGCCAAGAGAUGCUGAUCAACCCUAGCUUGCUCCUGCUGGACGAGCCCACCUCGGGGCUUGACUCGACCACGGCUCAAAGGCUUGUUUCCACCCUUGCGGGCCUAGCGAAAGGGGGUCGGACCAUUGUCAUGACUAUACACCAGCCCUCCAGCAGGCUCUACUAUCUCUUCAACAAGGUCCUGCUGUUGUCCGAUGGGCACCCUUUCUACUUUGGGCAGGCCUCCGGCGCUCUGGACUACUUCUCCAGCAUUGGCCACUCACCAACUCUUGCCAUGAACCCUGCUGAUUUCUUGCUUGAUCUUGCUAACGGCAUCAGCACGGACGAGUCAAUGGACCAGAGGGCCACGAAGCAGGCCUUGGUGGCGGCGUAUAUCGAGCAGUUGGAGCCAUGCGUCAGAGAGGAGGCACGAGGAGAAAUCGAGGCUAUGGAAAAUGAAAAUGGGGGACGGAAGAAAGAGAAGAAGCAGAAUUCAGGUGACGAGAAGCAGUUUCAGACCACAUGGUGGCAGCAAUUCACGAUUCUUCUCAGGCGAGCUUUGAAGGAGAGGAGGCACGAAUCUUUUUCUGGCCUUAGAGUUUUCCAGGUUUUGAUGGUGGCGCUUCUAUCUGGCCUUCUGUGGUGGCGCUCCGACACAUCUCAGUUACAGGAUCAGGUGGGUCUCUUGUUCUUCUGCACUGGCUUCUGGGGCUUCUACCCUCUCUUCCAGGCGAUCUUCACAUUCCCAGAUGAGCGAAGGAUGCUGAUGAAAGAGCGAGCUUCAGGCAUGUACCGCCUCUCAUCCUACUUCACGGCGUACAUGACGGCAGAUCUUCCGAUGGAAUUGGUUCUACCCACCAUCUUCAUGAUCAUAACCUACUGGAUGGGAGGUCUCAACCCUUCUGCAUUCCGAUUCUUCAUCACCCUUUUCAGCAUCCUCUUCUCCGUCCUCGUCGUCGAGGGCCUAGGGCUAAUGCUCGGGGCAGUGCUCAUGGACGUUAAGACUGCGUCCACUCUCGCUUCUGUCAUCAUGCUCACCUUCAUGUUGGCAGCAGGGUUUUAUGUUCAACGAGUUCCUGCUUUCAUCUCAUGGAUCAAGUACAUCUCCGUGAUCCAUUACACCUACAAACUUCUUCUGGGUGCACAAUACUCCCCACAGCAGACCUACGAGUGCAGUCCUGGAGUUGCUUGUCGAGUUGCAGACUUCCCCAUGAUCAAGGCGGUAGGCUUGGAUCGCCUGGCUGUCACCGCCGGCGUGCUCGGCCUGAUGCUCGUCGGCUACCGGCUUGUAGCUUACUUAGCCUUGAUGCGGAUCGGCAAGGCACCAAGAUGAGCCAGACGUGGGUGCAAGCCUAGAACCAGACACGACUCGUUCAACCAGAUAAGCAGGUGCAAAAAGAGAGAAGAAGAGGCAGUUGUUGGUAAGGGACUCAGGUUGCCGAUUGAUCCUUUAUUAUCUAAUAAUUUUAGAGAAAAGACAAACAGAGAUGUAAUUAAAGGAAGAAAAACUAGACAAGCCUUUUUACUGCCUCCCCAUCCUUAAUAGUGCCAUGUAAUUGUGGGUUUGUUGGUUUCCAUACUACUGCAUGCCCACCCUUCUUCUCCAUAAUAUUCAUGUGUCUCAAUUUUGUACUGCUUUAAAACUCCAAAUCAAACAGCUAAGAGUAAAAAAUCAUUGACAGCAAAGUGGAGUGAUCUUGGAGGCCUAAGAAGAAACGAGUUUCAUGAUUUUUUCAACGGGAAGAGGGCUUUGAGCAUGGACAAGAAGAGCGAAUCAGGUACAAGUCGCAGUUGGACCCCUUU